AUGAAACUAAAAGCAAUUAGCUAUUAUCAAAAAGCAACAGGUAUAAAAAAUAUUGAAGGUUGUAACAAACCUAUCCAAGAAGCCGAAACCAUCGAAGAAGUGAAAGUAUUCAGAGCAAUUGCUCAAGAAUACUUCCUGGAAGAUUCAGACAAAGAAGUAAAAACAAUACCUUGGGACAAUACUUAUGAUUGGAGUAAAUGGGAAGAUAAUGGUAAAGAAACAGAAAGCACUAAUACCAAACCAGAGUAUAAAGAGCUUACUACUCAAGAAAUAGAGCAUAAAAAAUAUAUCCAGGAUCUCCUAACUAAAUUGGCUUUGAAAUUUAGAAUAGACAUAACCUGGUCGAUAAGAAAUAGAUAUCAAAAUAAAUAUACUAAUCAUCGGCCUGAAAAUAAACCACAACUUAUAGAUUUAGGUAAAAUCUAUCUAAUCAAUAUACCCCAGUGGGAAAACCACCAAAGGGCUAAAAUUUGGAGACAGUAG